AUGGAAAGAACUCAGAAGAUGAGCAUGGAGACUGCCUUAAGGGUGAUUUUCUUUGUGGUGUUUCUUGGGUGGCUCAUAAUUUGGGUUUUAUUACCAACAAAGAUAUACGAAAACUCAUGGAAUGAUAAGCUAAAAACCAAGCUCAAUUCAACAUAUUUUGGAGAUCAAGGGCCAAAUCUACUGCUUUUUACUUUUCCCAUAAUGUUCAUAGCAGCUUUGGGCUGUGUUUAUCUCCAUAUUCAGCAGAAAUCAAAGAAUUUUAACUCCAAAAGCCGUCGUUUGGCCUUUUGGAGACGUCCACUGCUUGUGAUGGCUCCUCUAGGAAUUGUUACAGCAACAGAGCUUGCCUUUGCAGCCAUGUUCAUUGCACUCUUAAUCUGGUCCCUAUACAAUUACUUAUAUGUCAGCUUCAUUCACCUCGAUAUGCAGAAAGCAGACGAGAAAGUGUGGCAAGCAAAAAUUCGAAGUGUGGCAAUGAGGCUCGCUUAUGUAGGAAACAUAUGCUGGGCAUUUCUCUUCUUUCCUGUGAGUCGAGGGUCUUCAAUUUUGCCUCUUGUUGGGCUCACAUCGGAGUCUAGCAUCAUGUACCAUACCUGGCUUGGUCAUCUUUCAAUGAUUUUAUUUGCUGCUCAUACUAUAGGUUGCAUUUUGUAUCGGGCCGUGACUAACCAAAUGUCUGAGGUUUUUGAAUGGAGGAGAGAUGGGGUGCCAAAUCUAGCUGGUGAUAUUGCACUUGUAUUUGCAAUGGCAAUGUGGGCGACAAGCUCUACUCGCAUAAGGCGAAAGAUGUUUGAGGUUUUCUUCUAUACCCACCAUCUCUAUGCACUAUAUAUCCUCUUCUAUAUACUGCAUGUUGGCGCUGCCUACUCCUGCAUGAUUUUGCCUGGGAUAUACCUCUUCCUUGUCGAUCGGUUCUUGAGAUUCCUACAGUCCAGACAAAGGGCUAGAUUAGUCUCGGCACGUAUUCUACCUUGUGACACUGUUGAACUGAACUUCUCCAAGAGCCCAGGGUUGAUUUAUAAUCCCACAAGCAUAUUGUUUGUAAACGUGCCUAGCAUUUCCAAGCUUCAGUGGCACCCUAUUACAAUUACUUCUAAUUGUAAUAUUGAGCCAGAUAUUCUUAGCAUUAUCAUCAAACGCGAAGGAAGUUGGUCUCAUAAGCUUUACCAAGAACUUUCUUCUUUUGCCGUGGAUCAUCUCAAUGUUUCUGUUGAAGGACCUUAUGGUCCUACUUCGUCUCAUUUUUUGAGGCAUGAGUCGUUGGUGUUGGUGAGUGGAGGUAGUGGCAUUACUCCUUUUAUCUCCAUAAUUCGUGAGAUCAUUUUCCAAAGCCAAAGUGAAGAAUUAGAUGUUCCGCCAGUUCUCCUAAUUUGUGCAUUCAAGAAAUUUGCAGAUCUCACCAUGCUAGAUCUCUUACUUCCCAACUCUGACUCACACACAGAGAUUUCCAAAAUAAAAUUGAAAAUAGAAGCCUACGUGACCAGAGAGAAUGAGCAAUCUUUUACAGAUUCCCAAAAGCACAUCCAAACCAUUUGGUUCAAGUCACACCCAUCUGAUUCACCUAUUUCUGCAGCUUUAGGCACAAACAACUGGUUAUGGCUUGGUGCAAUUAUCUCUUCAUCAUUUGUCAUGUUCCUUCUCAUUUUAGGCAUGGUCAAUCGUUACUACAUUCUUCCAAUUGAACAAAAAAACAACGAGACUUACCAUUUCACCUUGACAGCUUUUUGGAACAUAUUUUUGGUUUGUACCUGCAUUUUUAUAGCUUCUAGUGCAAUCUUUCUUUGGUGCAAGAAAAAAAAUGCCAAGGAAUUGGAGGGAGUCCUAUACCUGCAAGUUCCAACAUCACCAACUUCAUCAGGGUCUCGAUUUUAUGUUGCGGAUAGGGAGCUUGAAAGCCUUCCCCAUCAGUCCCUUGCUCAAGCCACCAAGGUGCAUUUUGGUGGAAGGCCUGAUCUUAAGAAAAUUCUGCCUGAGUGCGAAGGAUCAGAUAUCGGAGUCUUAGUUUGUGGCCCAAGGAUUAUGCGACAUGAGGUUGCCAAAAUUUGUUCAGGGUUGGCAAAUAAUAAUUUGCACUUUGAGUCCAUCAGCUUUAAUUGGUGA